AUGGACCGUACCCAAAGGAGAACUCUGCCUCUAUCCUCGACGCAGAAGCUUACUCUUACCACUGUCUUGAAGCAACAUUUCAAACAUGCGUUGUUAAUGGAGGCUGAUGUAAGAGCGGUACUCACAAAAUACCAUGGGCUUACCAUGGGUCUAAAUUAUCGAGGCGAAGAUGUCGUACUCAAUCUCCGUGGGACGCUACCAUUCACAUUUCAAAAUAACACGUACCACUGCCCGCUAGUCAUAUCGAUGACCAAGUACUACCCGAUGACGCCGCCAUUAUUCAAAGUAGUAACCAGCGGAAAUAUCAGGAUAGUAAGCAAUCAUAAUUGUGUAGCGAAAAACGGAAACAUAAAAAUACCGUACGUAGAAUCGUGGAACUCAAGGUCCACUUUGAUGGAAGCUAUACGUUCCAUACAGGAGAUAUUUGACAGCAGCGCGCCUAUAUACACCGUUGAACCGGUGUACUCCAAACCUGCAUUGCCUGUAGGGAAGGUUGCCAUACGCUCUGGAAAACCUGACAUACCUACAAGCCCAAAAACCGUAGGAACCAGUAAUCUGGAUAGUGACGCAGGAGGCUCGCUGAGGACGCACGACUCCAAUUGUGGCUAUCUAAGAAAACAGCUAGAUGCAGUAGCUGAGAAAAUAGGUGCACAAAUGUCUCUGGAACGUGCACAGUUGAUUGCUGAGUAUCAAUUUGAUGUAAUGAAAUUCGAUCUACACAAACUAAUCAUGAUGGACUGGGUAACUAUGUGCGCGGACUUAGCCGCAGCUUUAAAGGCUCAAACUGAAGAUAGGGAAAAAUUGGAUCGAAUCUUAGCGGAAUCUGAAGAACAGCUGCGCACGCUGGAGUCUAUUAACGACUACUUCGACCGCGCCCUCGCUGCACUGAAAAAAGUUAAAGAAUUGAAGGACGCAGCUAAUUCAAAUGGUGGUGAAGAUGGUACUAACGAUAGGGAGAAUGCAGCACAACGAUUCAAAAUCCGUUUCGCAAGCCCUGCGGACGAAAAGUUGUGCCGUGCCAUCGCAGCGGAGACGGCAUCCGACGAAAUGCUCGAAGUAUUACAAUCUACUUUUAAGCGCAAGCAAGUUACGACCAAACAAUACAUUCAGUACGUGAGGAUCAUCUCCAGCAAAAAAUUUCACGCAAUGCAUACGAGGCGGACGCUAACAUCCAUCCUGAAACAACGUGAAUAA